CGUGAAUGAUUAUUUCUGUUUCGGUGUUGCUUAUAUUCAUAUUGAUUAAUCAUAAUAAACAGAAGUUCUCGUUCUCGCGAGGUUUGGGACGAAGUCCCGAGAGUUGCCCUUGUGCAGUGACGUCAAGCGUGUUAGUCAGAGGAGAACCUGUAACAGGAAAAAAAAAAGAAAAAGAAAAAGAAAUCCGCAGAAGAAAUCUCACGCUUUGCCACCUCGCGACUCUUCCAGGAGCAGAGCUGGAGUUUGUGCAGAACUUAUGCAUUUGACUGAUGUCCUCUAAUGCACGCGGAUAGGACUGAACGCGGAGCUCGCGCUUUUGUUUGCUUAGUUUUUGUGUUUGUUUAUAUCAAGCACUGAGAUCAAGAGAGCAGCACAGAAGUUUCCACACCUCUACAGGAAUGUCCCAGAAGGAGAGACCGACUUUCUAUCGACAGGAGCUCAAUAAGACCAUAUGGGAGGUUCCGGAGCGCUACCAGAAUUUGUCGCCCGUGGGUUCUGGAGCUUAUGGAACCGUGUGCUCCGCGUUAGACACAAAGACAGGCCUGAGGAUCGCAGUCAAGAAGCUGUCCCGGCCGUUCCAGUCCAUCAUCCACGCCAAGCGCACAUACAGAGAACUGCGGCUCCUCAAACACAUGAAACACGAGAAUGUAAUUGGUCUACUAGAUGUUUUCACGCCCUCUACCUGUCUAUCAGGAUUCAAUGACUAUAUUCACUCAGCAGACAUCAUCCACAGAGAUCUUAAACCCAGUAACUUGGCUGUAAAUGAAGACUGUGAACUUAAGAUUCUGGACUUUGGGCUGGCCCGGCUGACUGACGAUGAGAUGACGGGAUACGUUGCCACCCGAUGGUACCGUGCCCCAGAGAUCAUGCUCAAUUGGAUGCACUACAACAUGACAGUGGACAUCUGGUCGGUGGGCUGCAUAAUGGCUGAGCUCCUCACAGGACGGACCUUGUUUCCCGGCACUGAUCAUAUAAACCAGCUUCAGCAGAUAAUGCGACUGACGGGAACCCCGCCAGACUCUCUAAUAAGCAGCAUGCCGAGCCACGAGGCACAGAACUACAUCAGUUCCCUUGUGUAUAUGCCCAAGAGGAACUUUGCAGAUGUGUUUGUUGGUGCAAACCCAUUAGCUGUGGACCUACUGGAGAAGAUGCUGGUUCUGGACACAGAUAAACGGAUAACUGCGUCACAGGCUCUCGCGCACCCGUACUUCUCCCAGUACCACGACCCGGACGACGAGCCCGAGGCAGAGCCCUACGACCAGAGCUUCGAGAGUCGCGAGCUGGACAUCGAAGAGUGGAAACAGCUCACGUAUGAGGAGGUGAUCAGCUUCGAGCCCCCCGUGUUCGACAGAGACGAGAUGGAGUCAUGAAGGCUGCUCGACCUACAGGACCUUCAUCCAUACAGGAAAAUGACAUUCAAGUGCCUGCCAUCAUCAAGUGCUGGCUUCCCCGUGUUCUGAGCCUGCUUAUCCAUGCCUUCAUACACGCUCUGUUGAAAAAGGGAAAAAAAAAACGUGCAAACUUUCAAAAAGGACACCGAGAAUGUAAGGUUUUGUGUCUUGUGACCCAGUAAUUUAAAGGGAUAGUUCACCCAAAAAUGAAAAAUGUUGUCAUCAUUUACUCGCCUUCAUGUUGUUCCAAACCUGUGUGAGUUUCUUUCAUCUGAUGGACACAAAAGAAU